GGAGACGAUAUUCGACUGGUGUGUCCGCCAGUCGCGCCGCGCGCACCGAGCUCUCUGCUACCCUGUCCCGCGGUAUCGCGUUCUCUCCGCGUCUACAGCCGCCCUUAUCAAAACAUUCCCGCAUUGGGAUCGAUCUGCACGUCUCUACUGGUGAUAACGUACGACCCCCGAAUGACGUUGCGACCGUAGUGCCCUGUUUAUACUGUGUUGUGACUUAUGGCUUGUGAUUAUCAGUUGUCGGAUUAUUGUUUACAAAAAUUGUUUUAAUUCGUCACACAUCGGAAAUAAUAACCGAGCGUCGCCUGCGCGCGCCUGACGUCCGUCUGCUCCAUGAGCAUUCCUGGCAUGAGAGCAGGGUGCGUAGUGCGCGCGCGAUGGAUGCGUGAUCGGUCAUCAUGCGCCUCUUCCGCGGGCCGAAGCGCAGGGAAGUGACCGGGCCGCAGCCGCACCCGCAGCCGCACCCGCAGGCCGCGACGUCUCCGCGCGGAGACCUCGCCCCGCACCCCCCGCACUACACGCUCGUCACCGCGCUGCCCGCCAUGGUCAUGGAGGACGACGUCAACGACAUGAAAAAAGUGUUUGCUACGUGGGGUCGUCGCAUGGGAAAAAAACUAGAUAUGUUGAAAAGAACAGAGACAAAAGAAUCGCCCGAAGAAACAAACAAAAACGAAAAUAUUAACGACGAUUCUUCGAUAGUAAUUACCGGACAGUAUAAAAAGAAACAGAAUUGGAAAAUGGGAAGAAGCAGCUCCGAUUCAAUGUCCUUAAAAAAGGAUAACGAUAGUGAUUCCAUUAGAAGUGGAUCAAGAGAUAGAUCUCCGAGCCCUUUUAAGACUUUUUUUCAUAGAAUGGGUUCUACUGGAAUGCUGAAUUCCUCUAAAACUCAGUCUCUACAUACACCAAAAUCACCUGAUAAAUAUCCGUUGCCAAACGGACAAUCUCUUUAUCGCAGUUGUUCUACGUCACACUUAUCGACUUACGUUAAAGCGGAUGAUCCAUCUGAUGAUAUUGAUUUGCAAAAUACUACCACGGAAAACAAAAUAUCUCCUUCUAAACAAAAACAUUCUAACAUUUUACCAGAUGAAAACUUAUUGAAUACACCAACGAAAGCUGUAAGUUGUGAUAACAUACCAAACAAAUUAGAUGGACAGCAAAAUACAGGAACUUGUAAAAAGCCAAAUUUUCCUUACGCCUUCUUGCGAUCUAAAUUAUCGGUUUUACCCGAAGAAAAUAGUAUGGCAUCCCAGCAUAGAUCUGUAUCAGUACGACAAAGUUUUUCAGAAAGAAUAGAUCGAAGAUCUCCCAAAUUUCGAAGAGAACGAAUGUACUUACCUAAUUCUCGAUCUGAAGAGCGAUACCAAAGCAGUGAUAAUAUAUCCGUCCACGAAGAAAAUAUACUUAUGAGUGCGAGUUUAAGAAAUAAUUGUGAUUUCACGAGAAGUUCAAUGAGAAGCGUAAACGACCCCGAUCUAAGUGUUUACAAUUCUCGUUGUCUUGACGAUGUGCCUCGUAGAUCAUCAAUGAUAUCGCAAAAAGCGCCAUUUGAUUACGACCCAAUGUUGUUACCCCGAAAUAGGAAUAGUUUACCAGUCUAUGAAUACAAUUCAGUUCUGGGAUCUGCACAGGAUCUAAAAACUGAACUUGCAUCUUCCAAUCAAAGUAUACAUCUAGAAGUGCUACAAGCACAUAGGCUAAGCAACUACGUUAGCUCUAAUGAGUCUGGGUAUGAUAGCGAUGGCAGACCGACGGAUGAGCAUAGUAAUCAUUCACCCCCAGGAUAUUCUUGUAAUUCACAAGGUUUAUGCAACAAUAAUGGAGAAACCAAUCAUAGUAAUUUUCUACGGCAAUUGAGUCUUAAUCAUAAAAUAAAUGUGAGUAGAGUUCAUGUACCCGUUAGAAGAAGCUCUACCCCAUGCGCUCUCUUUCCAGUUGAAAAAAAUACAUCCUAUCAGUACGACAAUCAUAAUGGGGAUACAAAUAAAUAUAAAAACAACGACACGAAUCAUCUAAUCAUGAUAGACUAUAAUGACGCAAAACCUCCGCCAUUGCCAAAGAAAACCAUCAAUAAAAAGACACCAUAUAUUUACAAAACUAUAACUUUAGACGAACGUGUACAAACGAGAAAAAUAAAAUUAUUACAGUCACAAUUAGUUCCCGUAGAUCACUCAUCGACGCCAAAUCUCAGUGAAAAUUUCAUUAGUUCUUCGGAUGAAGUAGUAGAUACGCAACAAGUUCAGGAAACCGAUCUACUCGGUAGAGGACCGUGUACAAAACGGUUUCGAAAAAUAAGGUUAUUGAAAUCAAGACUAGACGAAAGCCUGGGAGUAUACUUAACACAACAUAGAGUGGACUUUGAUAGUGGAGGAAACAACUAUGAAAUCCGAUAUAUUGUAGUAAAACUAGAUUUUGAUGGUAUAGCUCAUAGAGAUGGAAGACUUCGGAUAGGAGACGAAAUAGUUAAUGUGAAUGGAAAAGUUUUGCGAGGACUAUCUUCUCUUAGAGAUGUACAGCAUAUAGUUAAUUCUUGUUCUACGGAAGCAACUAUCGAAGAUGGCGCAUUAUUUCGUCGAUAUCAAGUUGAUCUAGUAAUGGCGCAUGACGAAAUUUCUCCAAUUACAUUGAGUCGAAUCAUCAAUAACCAACAUUACGAAGCAAACUCCAUGCAUUCCAUGUCUAGCAUACCACCUGACAUAAUACCGCAAACGGCGCACAAACCAUCCCCAAGCCAAAUUGUAAUUGAAACUCAUUUUCCAAGUGAAGAUCAACAUGGUCGUAAUUCAAAUAACACAAAAUUGCAUUCCAAUAAUAAAACUAAUACAAAUGACAAAAAAUGUGAAGUCGGAGUUCAGGUGAACAAUAGUCUAUUGUUAUCAAAUCAAAAAAGUGACGACGAAAAAUUACUAGAGCGAAACUGCUAUACGCAAUCUCAUUCAUCUCUACAAAAUAUCACAAAUAUAGAGAUUUCAAUGAGAUCGUCUCCAUCACCUAGGCAUUCUAAUAGCAAUAACUAUAGGCCAAUAUCUCUUCAUAAUUCACGACCUCCACCGAUGAUUGGAUUGUCAAUUUGUAAUGAUAACACAACAAAUGAAAUCAAAGAAAAUUCCUCACAUUACAUAAAAAAUGUGCAGAGACUAUACCAAAACAGAUCUUUUGAAAGUAUACCAGAACAACUAAGGAGCAGCAGCCGAAGCAGGUUUUUCAAUAGAGUAGGAUCACAAAGAUGUACACCAAAUUAUUCCCAUGUAUCACGGCAGCAAGAAUAUAAUAGUCAUCAUGAGAACGUUAAUUUGUCUCACAACACCGUGCACAGAGCUGAGUUUUGGAAAGGUCCAGGUCAAAAGAGCCUCGGAUUUAGCAUUGUAGGCGGAACCGAUUCACCAAAAGGGCAAAUGGGAAUAUUCGUUAAGACGGUCUUUCCGAAUGGUCAAGCAGCUGAUAAGGGAACUAUCUAUGAAGGUGACGAGAUUUUAUCAGUAAACAACGUGCCAACGCGUGGACUUAGUCACGCUGGUGCAAUAUCUUUGUUCAAACAAGUGAAAGAAGGAAAAAUAGAACUGACGCUUUCAAGAAGAAGAGCUCCUAGGUCAAGAUCUGUGGAACCUCUCGGUAAUUUUCGCGGUGAAUGCAAAAGAGAUUGAUGCUAGAAGAGCCAGAAGCCCAAAGACAGCUAAAAAUUGAUUUUCUUUAUUAAGUGCAAUAUUUUACUUUAUUACUUGGCCAAAGGCGAAUCACUUACAUUUUAGAAUUAUUUUCGUAGGUGUUUAAAAGUACGUGGUACUUGUACUUGUAUCCCUUGUAUGGUAUAUCACGUAGACGAUAUAAAUUAAUCAGUAAUCAAACAACAACAUCAAUGAUUCACACCAGUGUUCACAAAUAUUGCUGUGGAAGAAACGUUACAUUUUAGAAUUAUUUGACAAGCUCAAAGAAAUUUCUAACAAAUGUAUUUGUUAUAUAAUCUAUUGGAUUGAACCUUCAUAAAAUAUCUACAAUCAUACAUUUUUGAGAAUUCUAAGAGUAUGGUUGUGAACAUUGGUGUAAAAUAUUGUACACAUUGCAUCGGAUAGCUUUACUGAGUAGCUUGUAUAUAAUAUUAUGCGGACAUUGAAUGUUAUAUUCCUACUUCCAUAAAUUAUUCUAUCGUGUGUCGAUAUUUUGUCAAAUAUUAUAAUGAAUUGUAUAAUGUGACUAUAAUAAGACUGUACGUAAUUUCUACUAAGUUAUAAGUUCUUAAUUAAAGGUAUGUCCCAAUAGAAAUGCUAGAUCUCGUUAUAUCUGUAAUUUGUUCAUUCCAUGACAGAUGAUACUGCUAAUUGAUGUCCGGGACGUCUGUAUUUGUGCAAAAAUAUCAAUGUACAGUUCUAUACAAAACGUUUUAGGUACCUCAUACUAUCACCUUUCGUGGGAUGAACCUAUAGGUGCUAAUAUAUGAUUAUGACGUUCACCUUAACUUAUAUCCAAUAUAACUAAAGUACAUACCCAGAUCUACUUAAUUCUAUAAAAAUAAAUAGACUGAUAUUUCAAUUUUCUAUAAUAAUUAUUAUUUGUACCUAUAUUCUCAACCAAAGCUUAGUGAUUACGUGGGUAAUAUUUAAACAAUUUACGAAACAUAAGUACUUCGUUAAUAUACUUAUACACACUACAAAUCACUGGUCAUUUGUAUCGGUGCUCCGUCCAAUUAAAUGUUAAAAUGGUCAAUUAGUCAAUAUUUUGAUGAUUGGCAUACACAUCGAGCGUAGAUGACAACUUUUUUACAAAUUCGACAAAAGAACCAUACCAUCCACAAAUCAAUCGAAAAUUAUUGAUAUUAUACAAUAAAAACUAAUUAAUUCAUGAACAGUAUUGUUAAAACGUAAUUUAAAUGUUUUGUAAAUAAAUUAAGGAUACCUCUCGAUGCUUCCACACUUUUAGUUAAAAAUAAAACGUUUAUAAGUA